GUGGCCUAGCGAGGAUCUGCCAGGAGCCCUAGAGAGAAAUUCCUACUUUUGCGUUGCAGAGGAAACAUUGAAUCCCGUAUUAAAACAGAGCCAUGGGGAAGUCCGCGUUCUCCUUGCCAAAACCCAAGAGUCCGGCUCAUGAACACCUAAGCCCAAAGGAGCCUGACUCUGAACCAGAACAGGAUGAGAAGAGUGACAUUUUGCAGUUCCCUUACGUUGAGUUCACAGGCAGGGACAGUGUCACUUGUCCCAGUUGUCAAGGCACAGGACGAAUACCAAGAGAACAAGAAAAUCAGCUUGUUGCUUUAAUUCCAUACAGCGACCAAAGACUGAGGCCAAGACGAACAAAGCUGUACGUCCUUUUGUCAGUGCUGUUGUGCAUACUGCUCUUCGUGCUGGCUGGGUUCUUCCUGUUCCCACGUGCCAUAGACGUUCACUAUAUCGGUGUGAAGUCUUCGUAUGUCACUUUUGAUACAGAACAACGAAUCAUGUAUAUCAACAUCACAAAUACUCUCAACAUUACUAACAACAACUACUAUCCUGUAAAAGUGGCAAACAUCACAGCACAGGUGCAGUUCUAUAACACGGUGAUUGGAAAGUCACUUAUGAGCAAUGUGACAACUGUUAUGCCCCUGGACAUGCAACAGAUGGACUUUUCUGUUCUCACAGUAAUGGCCAACGAGAUAAGCAUUUUUGAUUUCUGUACAUUGGAGUACAUAAAAGUGCACAACAUUGUGGUGUUGAUGCAGAUAACUUUGACCACCAUGUACCUUGGCCAUGCUGAACAGGUUUCCCAGGAGCGAUACCUGUACUUGGACUGUGGCGCGAACUCCACCAGCCCCAGUGGACAUAUGAUGGUGAUUGAGUGACCCCUGACCUUGACCCAGAGGACACUAAGCUUCUAUUCAACAAUGCGUAUCAGAGAACUGUGCCCUGAAUGUCCCCUGGUGCCUGUGUUUGGUGAACUCAGAAAGGCCGCAGUUCCAGUCAGAAUGAUCUCAUUAUUGUUGUCUCACCAGAGUUGGAUUUGGGAGAUGGAACAACUUUUGAAUAACUUUUAGUGACUGAGUGGGUGAAGUAGAGUGAUUGCUUUGGCUUUGCAUUGCAUUGUUAUCUUAAACUUUCAGUUCCAGUUUCAGUGACCAAGAGAGUUAAAGGAAGAGGCUUGUUUAUGCAGAAAAGUGUACAAUAAUAUAUUGUCUAUUAAAAAAAUAUGCAAUGCAGUCAAAAAGGUUAGACUUUACUCAUGAACCACAAAAUUUUCCAUAUGAAGAGUGAUGAGCUAUGUGAGGAAAAGAAUGUGCAUUACUGUGUUAAGAACCACCACAGCUUCAUUUAACACACUUCUCCAAAUUAUUAAAGUUAAAAUCUAUUUUUAAAUAAUGAUUUGGCGAUAUAUUUUAAUAGAUUUCUAAUGUAUACAUUUUUAGUUUUAGGUAGGGGUUUUAGGUUUUUAAUUUUUUUUAGUUUUAGGUAGCGUCAUCGUGGAUAACCACACAAUCAGAAGACAAUUAAUCAACCGAACCGAAUAAUUGACAUGCUGUUUAUUUUAGGCCAGAGUCUGAAAAUGAAACAUUCGAAAGAAAUUAAUUUCAUAAGAUGAAAACCUUUCAAAAAGCGAUAUUAAUAUUGCUGCAAUGUGCUCUGCUUAGUGUUGUUGCCUUUUUGUUAUUGUUUAUGGGUUGUAAUAUUGUGAUUUAAAUAGUGAUGUGGCCACCAUACAUUAAUCACUCUCAGACUGUUUUUUAAAAUCCUUGUCCAGUUCCAGCUUACGUUUAGCAGUCUAAAAAGUGUUAUAUUGCAAGAGCAAUGCAAGAUGCAUUUACUGUAUAUCAUUUACUUACAAUCUCCAGAAAGAUGUAUUUAAAAAAGUGCAUCGUGUUAGCAUGUGAUUCAGAAGUAUGGUGUGAGUAUACCAUAUGCUCACAAGGUGGUGCCAUUUUAACAAUUUUUCUCUUGAUUUUUUUUUUUUUUAGAGAAACGUGAUUUAGAAAUCAUUAAAUGGUAGAGCGAGUUUCAUAGUGAAGUUUCUCUCUUUUUCAUUUAAGAUGAUCUUAACACCACGAUACUUUUGGAAAACGAGUCCCAGAAUGUAUACGCAACACAUGUGAACGUGCCAUUUUGAGAUUUUAUGAUGCAUCAUUACAAACCAUUUUCAUCCAGACGCUUGGAAAUAAAGAAUCUUAAAAUGUA